CACGUCAGCAGUGCCACGUCAGACACAGUGCCACGUCAGCAGUGCCACGUCAGCAACAUGACGGGCCUGCCAGGCCAACUGGCCAAUGAGCCCAUUGCCGACUACAAAAAGCGUUUCCAGGCUCAGCUCGCUAUCAUUGAGGCUGAGGAACAACGCCAGCUGGCAGCCAAGGCUGCCCAGCUACAGGCUGAAGAAGCGGCAACAGCAGAGAAGCUGCGGCUACAGGCCGAAGCAGACGCAGAUGCCCAGGCUCGCCGCAAGGAAGCCCAGGAUCUGCUGCAGCGGCAUGAAGCCACAAGCAUCGAAAAACUCAAGUUCUGGCACUUUGAACCAAACGGCGAUGACGGAACACCGGAAGAGCAGCACAAGGAGUUCCUCUCCAAACUCGUGACACGAUUGUUGUAUGCUUGCAACUACCAACGGUCCGAGUUGGAGAGACAGAACCAGGAACUGCAGCAACAGUACCAGGUUCUGAAGACGCAGCACCACGAGUUGGCAAACCUCCGCCGGAUGGUGCAGAGCCACGAGGAUGCAACACGGGCACUCAAUUCCCGUGUACUGAACCUGGAACAGGCUGUACCAGGACCAGAUGCUGGGGCUUCCAGCAGUGCACCUGCUAGCCGCCAACUCGAGGAACGCGUUGACCACGUAGUGGCAAUGCUCGGCGACAUCAGCACCUUCACUGCGCCGACCACCAUCAGCAGUCAGCUGCAUACCUUGAAGACCGAGGUCCAGCAGCUGCAGUCGACGAACACGGAUGGCAAUCCUAAGUUGUACAAGACGCCAACUUUCCAACUGGACAAGUUCGACGACUACACGCAGCAGGAUCCGGUCCUCUGGAGGGAAGCAUUCACGACGCAACUUCGGAUCCUGCCUGUCGCUAAGCAUGCAUACAUCGACGCCCUGUUCAUGAACUCCAAGGGCGGAUGCCAGACCUGGUUGACCCACCUUGCAACCUCUCACGGCGUCGACGUACCAGACUUGAAGGACAAAAUCACAUGGGAGGAACUGACACGGCUGAGGAAGAAACGGUUCAUCGUCGACGACGAGCCGACACUCGCCAUCAACUGUCUGUUCACCAUGUCACAGGGCAACACAGCAACACGUGACUGGCUCACGGAAUGGCAGAAGAUCGCGGCAGUGCCCGAUCUGGACUUACCAUUGACGCAUCUACACCGAUAGUUCUACAACAGGUCAUGCGCUGCGCUGAGCCAGGCACUUGGUGAUCGCGAGCAGUAUGCAUCUUUUGCCGAAAUCAUCGACAAGGCAAGAGAGAUCAUCAAGACCAACAGGUCGGCUGCACACGAGAAGUCCACGCGGCAGCCAACCUAUGUGGAGAAG